UUUAUAAGAUUCCUGUUAAUUUCAUCAAUCGCAAUAAUUCGUUGAAAACUGGAUGUUUGUAAAUAUGGAACAUAAGACUUCGGUUUGAUAUUGGGCACCUGCUAUUUAAAUACAAGCAAGCAGGUUUUUAUUCUAUUCUCUGGAUGUAUCUAAAACGUUUCGUAUCUUUUUUUGUUUCGUAUCUUUCAAUAGCAAUACCAAAUGUCAGGCAGUCGAAACAAUUGUCAAUAUCAAUUUUGAUGUUAUUCACAAGAAAGACGAAGUCUAAGUAUUUACAUUUUCUACAUAAAAUAAUUAUUAAAUUUCUUCUGAUUCAUGCCGUCUAAGUGUGAUAAAAAUGAAGUAUUGAUCUAUGCGUUUAUUUCACUAAACUAUAAUAAAAAUGAUUGAUACUUUCGUAAGAUUUGAAGAGUGCAUAAACAAUUGUUUAUUGUGCCGACUUUCUAGACCAUAUUUGGAAGAUGAGAACCUACCCGAGUUUCAAGUGAGAAAAAAUAAACUAUGCCAAUAUUUUCCUAAACUUAUGCUAUUGUUAGAAAAUGUAGAUUUCAGGGAGCAACCUGAAAUUGCUUCGAGUACCUUGUAUUCGCUUUUAAUUUUGUACUUGGAGCUUAAAAGUGCCGGAAACUGGAAUACAGAAGAGAUCCAAUUAGAAGAUUAUGCAGGAAUAAUAAACCGAACAUUCAAUGCUAAAUAUAAUAUUGAGUUGGAUGAAUUAUUACAGGAAGAUGAUUUUUUCAAUGCACAAGAAGUAUUCGAUAAAUGUAUCAAAGAGCUUCACCAGAAAAUGACUAUAGAUGAUUUUAGGAAAUAUCCUGGACUCAUUGAGGUCUAUUGUAUGCUUAUAAAUAAUGUUAAGAAAUGUAAUGUAACUAUAAAUCCAGUAACAGUAUUACCUGUAGCAUUGCUUCUGGUUGAUGACUUUACUGUUGCCAAUAGAGUUAAGGGUCUUCAAUGUUGUGAUCUGAUAAUCCAAUGUUUGAAACCUAAUGAUUUUAGUUCUGGUAAUUACUAUGAAGUUAUUCAUAGAAGCCUCAUAAAUGCCAUGGUUGAGAAAGAUAUUGAAGUAACACAGCACCUAUUCAAAUGUUUUCCAGAUUUUCUGAAAAUACUGCAUGUGGAAGUUCAGAAGAGUAAGUUAGAUGAUGUGUAUGCCAGUGUACUGGACCAAAUGCUUACAGAAACAAACCUGUACAGGAAGGCUGAAUGUUUUGACUUCACAACCAAAAUCAUAGAAAUGCAUGGUAUACACUGUGUCAAGAAGAAUAUAUUCAAAGAUAUUGUUUGUGAUAAUUUGGACAUUUGUACCACUGAGGGAGUAUAUGAAAUUCUAAUUGAGCAUGUCCUAAAGUGUCUCUUAACUUGGAUAAGGCAUUGCUGGUGUACAUGGAAGCUACCUGCAGACCAGAAAAUACUAUCAGCACUUUUGAAGGUCCUCUUUGUGGCCAAUGAUGAAACAAAUUCAUUACAAAUACAAAAUCUGAUAGUGACAUUAAUACAGCUGUGUACUAAGGAGGAACAAAAAGAGAUACUGAAUAAUCUAGAAACACUACCAAAGUGUGUAAAACAAGAAUUUGUUGAUAAGAUUGAUACAAUAAAACAACAAAUUUCUGUAUAGUACUUUAAUUUAAAAUUAUCAUAAAAAUAAAUCUCUUUCAUUAGUCAA